CUACCUUUCUGAACUCCCAGAGAGAGAGGCUUACACAUCGAUCCCUAACCCUCGAAGAGACCGGAAAUGGCUCUGAGAACAGCGAUUCUUCGACACGUUAGGGUUCCGGUGCAAACCCUAGCACUCACAGGAGCCAAGAUUCCUCAAAUCAAUCUCCGUAAUUCCGCUCGAUCCUUUUCAUCGCACGAUGAUCAUCUCACCAAGCAGGAAGUCGUCGACAGAGUUCUCGAUGUCGUUAAGAGCUACCCUAAGGUCGAUCCCGCUAAGGUGACUCUUGAUGUCCACUUCCAGAAAGAUCUGGGUUUGGACAGCCUGGACACUGUGGAGAUAGUGAUGGCUCUGGAAGAGGAGUUCAAGCUCGAAAUACCCGACAAAGAAGCUGUUAGGAUCGAUUCUUGUUCUCUCGCCAUUGAAUAUGUUUACAACCAUCCCAUGUCCAGCUAAGCCGGCUCGCGAGGUUUUCCCUGUUUGUGCCCCCUUUUUGUUCCCUGUCUCUGGGCAUUAAAGAUGUCAUCUUGAGCUUCUCUAGUAUCUGAGAUUUGCAAAUAAAUCCAAAUCUGCUUGGUUGGACAUUGUCUAUUCAAAACAGUUUCAGUUUCCAAUUUA